AUGAUGUUCGCCUUGGGAAUCGGCCGCCUCCUAGCUAAUAAAUCAAACCCAGGAUCAAAGGAGGAUGGCCGUGAGCAAUCCACACUUAAACCAGCCCCUAGAUCCGAUGCCGAGCAAUCCAAUCAGCGGAAGAACACUGACAAACACGCAAAAAGAUCUCGCCCUAUCGAUAUACCUAAGAGCCCAAUGGUACUGGAAACACCAAGACAGCUUUUCGAACAGGGGUCUGUGCAAGUCUAUCAGCAGUACAUCGACAUAUUCGGCUGGAACACACCGUUCGAUGCGCUUUACGGUGACUUGUCUGGUGUAAGAAACUAUCAUCCACAUGAGUUGGCGCAGUGCCUACACGGCCAGAGACCAUAUGCUUUCAGGCCUUGUGAGCAACUCAGAGGGCCAGAGUCUUUCCAACAACGACGAAGAUUAGGACGUGCCCGCGAUAAACCCAUCAGAGUCACGGGCAGUCAUAAUUCAGUUGGUCUUCGACAGCGACCUGCCAGCGCUCCAUCUCUCAAGGCAGCACAAAACCAGAAAGGAAAAUCAUCCGAUCGCCACCACAACGACGUUUCACACAGAAGGCAAUCAACACACCACCCGAGGCAGUGGCAUAGCUACAAGCAUUUUGCUCCGCACCAGCCUCAUAUCAAAAAGCAUGAGUCUGGUCUACACCACCGACCUAACCGCCUCGUCAAACCAGUUGCUGGUCUUCAUCAUCCCAAUUUGGACGACUUUACUUUCGGACGCACACGGAAACCGAAACAUGAACCUCACCGUGGCGAUACCGGAGAACCCGUCAAAGGUCAUGAUCACGGCUUAGAUACGCUAGAGCCCCAGCGCUCACCCAGCACUCAAAAUGUCAAUUUUCAGACUGAGGAAUGUAUCUUCGAGAUGUCAGAUGAUGAGACUAUGCUCCAGCCUAAGUUUGACCAAUCAUCGAGAUCAGACUGGCAACCUGAACUGGGAGCGAAGUCUCUAUCUUAUAACAAAGGACACCGACGAGCCCAGUUACGGCACAUUCGCCUCGACUCAGCCGAUUGUGCCAUUGAGUCAAGCUCAAAUUCAGACGAUAACCCCAGACGACGUGUCAAGCAUAGAAGACGAGCGCCGAAUUAUCAAACUCAGCGGCGCCACGUGCCACGGGAGCCAACAAUCGAGGAACAUGAAGAAGUGAACUCCUUCUUGAACAAGCUAUCCUUCAACAAUCAUAACAAGCAGCAAGCGAAGCCCAACACACAUCAGGACGCUCCAACUGAUGUGAAUAGAAUACCUCGCCACCGGCAUGUCGUAAGGAAGCAACAGGCAUCGGUGCAUCGCUAUCUCGCUGUAGCUCAUCAGCAACUUGCGAUUGCACAGCCGGAAUUCGUGCCUGAUUUCGAGAUGACCGACGAAGCAAGGCUCGAUGCUCAAGUGGUGGAGACGAAUGAAGCAAGGGCGAAACUCCAGAGACUGGUCAAGUUGGCACGAAAAACAAAGGAACUUCCUGGCUUCCGGCAGGCUGAGCCGCUCCCAGAGCGGUAUCACCAGGCCCCUUCUCAGUGGGAACUGGAUGAGAAGGUAGCUGCAUCAACGUUCUAA